AUGCCUGAUAAGAUGCGCGCAGCACAGAUCGUAGAGAAUGAGAAACCAUAUCAGCUAUGUGAGCGAGCUAUACCUCAGUGCGGAGACCAUGAUCUCCUUAUCGAAGUGUAUGCAGCCGGGUUUUGUCACUCUGAUCUACAAGUAUGGAAUGGGCAAUUUCCGACAAGCCUUCCUAUGAUCCCUUCGCAUGAGCCGGCUGGCAAGAUCGCACAGGUCGGUACGAACGUUCAAGGCUCCUGGAAGGUCGGAGACCGCGUCGGUGUUUUGAACUACAAGAAUGCGUGUGGACAAUGUGCAGGAUGUCGACAGCACUCACGGAGAUCGAAACGUCCUGAUCCGCGCUUCUGCCAAAGACGAAUCGUGGCUGGCUUCAGACACGAUGGCGCAUUCGCCGAAUACAUGCUGGCCGACCCAAACACCACAGUGCAUCUUCCAGACGGAGUUUCCUUCGAACAGGGAGCGCCUUUGAUGUGUGCUGGAGCGACAGUAUGGGGCGCACUGCGAAAACUUAGUCCCCAGGUCCAGCCAGGCGACGCUGUAGCUGUGGUAGGCAUUGGAGGUCUAGGGCAGCUUGGAAUCCAAUUCGCCAAAGCCCUGGGAUACAGGACGAUAGCCAUGGACAACCGUGAUGAAGGUCGCCAGCUUGCGCUCGACUUGCCCGACCACCUGAGACCCGAUUUAAUCAUGGACUCAACCGCCGAGGACGCCGAAAAGAAGAUACAAGAAUUUACUUCUGACGAAGGUCUUGCAGGCAUCGUAGUGUGUACCGAUUCGAUACAAGCGAACGCUUGGUGCCUCCAGCAACUGGGUAAUGGUGGUGUUAUGGUCCCACUGGGCCUACCGAAAGAUAAGUGGCAGUUUGACUCGGAAGCCAUGGUAUUCCAUGAGCUUACCAUCAAGGGCAGCUAUGUCGCUAGCGCUGAAGAAGUCGAAUCGAUGCUCAAGGUGGUGGCCAAGUACGGAAUCUCGUCACAUUUGACCGUUCUAGGCUUCUCGGAAAUUCCCAGCCUCAUCGAGAGGUAUCUGCACGCAUCGAUGAAAGGCCGACUAGUCAUAAACAUUAAAGAAUGA